CUCGCGGUCAAAUACCGGCGAUUUCUCGAGCUUACUUUCAACACUGUGAAUCCUAACUCGGCAGGCCGUGGCAUCGCCCCUGCCCUGGAGCCCCAGUUCCGCAGAACACGGUUGGAAACUGUCCCGCAGAGACGCCCCCAUCAUUCUGCGAUCACUGCUUCAAGAUUCAUUAAGACGUGUUAGUCGAGGACUGAGCACAUCGUCUGCGACGUUUGCUGAGCCGCGAUGAUGCGUCGUUUCGGCCUCCGUUUCAUCCUGGUGGUCGGCCUGGCCGCCAUCGUGACAGCCCAGCGCAGCUGUGGCCUACGUAAGCCAGAGCACCGAACCGACCAUCCACCGUAGCAGAUCUGCCCAUGCUGGCUGUUUCUUCUGCUCUUUUGUCCAUAUGGAUGGCCGGACGGCUGAUGUGUGGUGCACAGAGAUGUCGGUUGAUGCUCAUGAGCUCGGUAGGUGGCCGGGCACAUUCAUCCGUCCGUCCAUCCAUGUACGUUAGUCAUUGGUGUAUUCCAUCCAUCCAUCCACGGCUGCAGGCGUGUCGGGCACCGGUUCGUUUCUGUCCCUGGCCCUCGGUUCGAUAGCUCACGCCGCAGAUAUGGCCGCGGCCGCCAACAAGAUGAGCGCCAUGGCCCACAACAUGAGCAGCAUGGCGCUGACGGCCACCGCCAAGACGCAUCAGUGAGGGAGAGAGACCAGAUAUGAGGUUUUCACUCUCUCUGGACACUCUGUCUAUGUGUGUGUGCGUCUGGGUGCGCGUGUGUGUGCCCUUCCGUCUCCCCAAUCGCUCAGUACGCUCAAGAGCGUCCAUCCGCCUCUGUCCCACCGUGACGCCCUUGCGUUCCGUGCGUUUGGCUUUGAGCCCCAUGAGUCACUCAAGCCAGACGAUGCUGGCGCAAUUGCCAAGAGUGUCAAAGACAAGCUGACUACCUCGAAGCGCAAGUGCUUCACCGCCAACUUCACCGCCGGUCACCAAUCCCGACUGACUCUCGAGGAAUUUGUCUCCUCCAUGGCGACUACGCUCGAGAACUUUACGGCCAAUACUGAACACCUCGAGGCGGAUGAUGCGGAGAAUAAGACGGUCACACUGUGUCAGUCGAUCUCCGUCGAUAAGACAGUCCGGGGGUGCGAGGAGUUUGAAGUCAUCCAGGACUUGCAAGGGCUCAACUUCGGUUAGCGAGUGGAGGAAGGGAGUCAAGGAUGCGAGCGAGUGUAACGUGUUCCGUUGUGUUUGAUGUAUUCAGUCCCGUAUUACACAAAGGAUGGCGACGCUUCGAUCAGGUGGACGAAGAACACGUGCCAUAUGUGUGUUCUUCUAGAAGAAAGACCCCAAGGUGAAGGGCGAGUUCCCCUACAAGUAGGAUUGAAUACAAAAUGCACUGAUAUGAAUGUUCACCCCUGGACCUCUUCCACGACCCAGGCGCCUGGCGCACAAGGAACCAAUGACUUGUCCCAAGCUCGUCGACAAGGAGGGCUGUGGCGAUCGCGAGUCCUACCCCGUCGCAGAUCCUCCGAUGCGCUACCUUCCCGUGACGAUCCCUCUUGAAGGCACAGAUCUGAUAAACAAGUUCGACGAUAAGGACUCGUUUAUGAAAAACAUUGUCUUCCAAGGUCAGGGCGAUUAGCCAAAGGUCUGCUGAUGGAAAACAUGCCUGUAUGUUCUGUGUCUCGCAUGCGUGUGCGCCUGGAUGCGUGCGUGGAUGUAUGCAGAGGACCCGAAACUACGAGCUAUCAGAAUAGUCCGCAACCUUGGAGUCAAAGGCAAUCGCUUCAGCAUCCUCGGCGUCAAAGUGGCUUCUUCGGUGAAAGGCAAGUUCUUCAACCCCAAAACCAAGGAAAUGGAAGAGGAGAAGCCUGCAUACAUCGUAAGAAGGAGGAGGAACAGAUCGAAGCUAUGGAUGAUCUGUUUCGCAGGUCUUUAAGAUGCACGUGCGCGGUUGACAGCGACAAAAGGGAGAAACGCGGCCACAGGUUUCCCUGUUUUCCUCAGGCACUCCAGGCUGACGUGUGGAUCGCUAACACGGAAGAGCUCAAGGAAAAUGAGCACUUUGCGCUCGGGUUCGGGAAGCAGGCAAUUACCAUGGGUUUAGGAACGGUCCCCACUGCAGACAACAUGUACACACCGCAGGCAACACUGCAUCCAUGCUCUGCAUGAGUGCCUUUAUGAAUGCAGGGGUAAGUUCUCGAAGAAGGAGAACGGACAGUGGGUUGUCGCGCCUGGCUUUCCAUUCCAAGUAAGGACAGAGAACAGGGGGAAAGAAAUGAGGACAUGUCUUUCCCGUUCUCUUAGGUAAAUCGGAAUGCUCCCGAUUACGCCAAGAGAGAAUACACUCGCUUGACUCGCGAUGCUCACUUUGUGUUCCAUUCCGAGGGUGAAAAGGAAAUCAAAAAGCGAUUCAUCUCCGACGUGUAUCACAAUUUGUAUCCAGAGGAGGAGGCCGGACACACCGACCAGCAGCCGCCCGCCAAGAACGCCCGCAAGGAGGCGUAGAUGGGGGAGGCGGUCGAGCCCAUUAGACACCGUUGAUGACGCCAAGUGCAUGUGUUGACGACGAAUCUUCUUGCAAAAACGCUCUGGCUGCAUCACUUUGCGUGGCGUGUGUGGAGAUCAACGAUGAAUCAAACAUUCGGAGACACCAAGGGCUCUCGCAGCCAUCCAUGGACUGAUUGAGUGAAUGAAAGAACAGACGGUGUUUCAUCGUUUUGAGUGACUUUGAGCGAGAACCGAGUCAAUGGGCUUCUGAGAGGCUCCUGUGAUUCAUUCACGGCGAGAAAUCACCCAAAAAGGCGCUGAAAAGCAAGUGGGUCACCUUGGUACAGUAAGC